UAACAAUGUUCAAGAAGCCCAUCGUAUGUAAAACAACCGACAUUGCUGAGGUUGGCAAGGCGCUGAUCCGGCGACCACGGUUCAAGUCCUCCUCGGCGCUCGCCGCGGCCCAAGAGCAACGCAUUGCCAAGCUCAAGAUGGAAAUCAAAGAUCUCGAGCAAAAAGUCGGCGAUCGACACGCAGAUGCUAUCGUGAAAGCCCACAUCGAGCUCUUACACAGCUACAACGAAAUCAAGGAUGGAACCCAAGCUCUGAUCGGCAAGUAUGCUGUGAUGACGGGCAGUACCGUGAGGGACAUCCAUGAACAGAUGUCCCUCAGCCUCGUAGAGUAAAACUAGUUCACUUCGAACAUCCAUAACGUACAAU